ACGCUGAAUAGGACCCCUGGAUUCAAGGGGGUUUCUUGGGGGUUCCACUAUCAAAAGAAAUGAUGAAAUUAUGACUAACAGCUGAUAGCCGCUGAUAGCCAGCUGCCUGUCGUGCCCCUCUAUACCCCACUAUCCAUCUUCAACGAAUCCGAAUACUAUCAACAUCUUCCUUGGCAACCUGCGACUUGAACGAAGGAUCGAUAGAUGUGCUCCUAACCACGAUCCGUGCAACAGAUAUAGUGCAAUACAACCAAAUCAAAGCCCGCAUAGUACUCAACAACUCUAUCAGGUGAUUCAACCAGGCCUGUCAAUGAGUCAUGGCGUCUCCCGAAGAUGGCGAGGCGAUACAAUCGUCAGGAAUCCUAGAGACGAUACACUUGGAACACGUCCCAUCGACACACACAGUCCAUAUAAGCCUCUUCAAAGAUGUAACCAACGCAGAGUUCUUGCAGAAGCAGUUAUUAAGUCGGAAUUCGGAGUUUGAGUAUGCUUUCAUCGAUGCUACGUCUGUAAUCUCACGCUUCCAAGUCCUAGCCGCUGUUUAUAAGGCCAUAACAAUACAGAUGAGCGGCACCAUGAAGACGCCAAACAUCCACUCAGAGAUUGUGUGCUCAUUAAGUCCAAAUAACAACAUUUCCGAAGCCUACCGGCGCUUCGGCAUAACCGCAACAACCAACGCCCUAAUCAUCAUCAAAGUUCUCAUUAGCCCAUCCUCCACUCUCACUCCCGCGGCCAUACAGCAACACCUGCUCACCCACGUCCACGGCACCCCCACCCCCCUCACAGACGAGGUCCUGCAAUCGUCUCUCACGGACUGGCCCAAGGUGCGCAAGUACUACAAGCUGAACGGCGUGAACUGGCUCGACAGCGUUAAGGACGAGGCGCUGAAGCGCGAGGAGAUGGAGGUUCUGGUGCUGGAGGGUAUGGCACUGAGGGGGUUGUGAAUACUUCACAUUUCACUGAGAGUCGAAACACGGGAAGUAUAGAAAUGUAGAGAGAUGAAGUGAACUUGAGAAUUACGAAUAGCCAAAUAAGAGGCAUCUGAGAUAUGAGAGAUAUGAGAGCCAUACUAAGCAUGAGCUAAAAAGAACUGGACACAAGUCAUCAUCAUCACCAUCGAAGGCCACGCAUGGAGAACAAUUUUAUUAAUUUUUUGAACUUGAAUGGAAAACCGCGAGCUUUCCGUAC